AUGAGUCGUCGCUCACUAGUGGAUCUCAGACUUCUGCAGGGAUGUAGAUUCGUAAGAUUUUCUCUCGGUGGAGUCGGGGCGCUUCAGGAAGUGCUGGUGCCCAUUAUCAACCAGUCCUCCUGCCAGUCAAUGUAUCAGAUAUUGUCAUCUGAUUUAGUACCAGUCAACAUCUUAUCAGACAUGAUCUGUGCUGGAUACAUGGAGGGAGGCAAGGAUUCCUGUCAGGGGGACUCUGGAGGCCCUCUGGUCUGUCCUGGUGGCAAUGGGACUUGGAUUCAAGCUGGAGUUGUAAGUUUUGGACUUGGCUGUGCUCAGAAGAACCGGCCAGGAAUCUAUUCCAGAGUCUCCAGCUUCGCGAGCCUCAUCCGCAGCACAGUUCCAGAAGCUCACUUUCUCGGUCACGCUCAGAGGAGUCAAAGUCAAACGCUUCUGGUUCUUGGCCUCUCUUGUGCAUUAGUACUUUUGAGGAGAUAGUAUAUUAGUUAAGUAUAUAUACAAUGUACAUGUGAAACACAGAGUCAAGUUUUGAAACACCACAGGUUUCAUUUGUGUGGCAUUGAUUUGCCAUGUUUUACAUGCUUUUGUGGGGCACAAGAUGUACCCAAUGCUGAGCUUCAUGGGUAUUGAAAAUUGUUUUUUUAACAAUAAUGUAAUAUGUGACAUGUUUUAUGAUAGAGAGAUCUGGCUAAGCACAGAUCUAGUUGUUAUAUACUGUUGUUACUGUGAAUUAUAUUUCUUUUAUUCAGUUUUAGUAAUGUCACCAAGACAUCAGAACACUGUAAAAUGCCAAUAUUCAACAGGAUAAAUACAAUAUCAUUUUCUAUUUCUUGUACUGAUAAUUUGUACUGAAAAAUCUAAAUGAUUUGAUUGCAUAAGUCAUAUUAUUGCACACUACACCUUUGUGUGUUCCGCUGUUUUCGUUCAUUCAUUUAGUAACAGUAUUGUAACUUCUUAAAUAAUUAUAGGAUGUAUAUUAAAUUAGA